AAGAAGAAGAAAAUGAGCAGCGAAGAAGAAGAGCAAAGGCUUUAGCGCCAAAAGUGUUUGAUUAUACACAAUUUAUAUGUAAUUAAUGUAAUAUUUGUAGGUAACCGUGUUAAAUAGAUGCUUGAUCGUUGAGAAGGAUGCCUCUGUCAACUCAGUCCCAAUUAGGAAAUGAUGAGUAUGUUCUGGUAGCUAGUUUGGAUAAUGUGAGGAACCUUUCCAACAUCCUGAAAGCGAUAUCCUUCAAAGACUAUGCGAUAUUUAACGUAACACAAAACGGACUAAAAGUUACUGUAGAAGAGUCCAAAUGUCUUCAAGCAAAUGCUUUCAUUCAGGCGGAGAUCUUUCAAGAGUUCACCCUGAAGGAGGAUGUAGUUGGGUUUCAGGUGAACCUCACAGUGCUGCUAGAUUGCCUCACCAUCUUUGGAGGAAGCACAGUGCCAGGAGUGAGCACAGCUCUGAGAAUGUGUUACAAUGGCUAUGGCUACCCAUUAACCCUGUUCCUGGAGGAAGGAGGAGUGGUAACCGUUUGCAAGAUUAACACCCAGGAGCCAGAGGAGCCUUUAGAUUUCGAUUUCUGCAGCACCAAUGUCACCAACAAGGUGAUCCUUCAAUCAGACAGCUUGAAAGAGGCAUUUUCAGAGCUGGACUUGACCAGCGAGAUCCUGCAGCUAACAAUGUCGCCAAGUCAUCCCUAUUUCAGGCUGUCUACAUUUGGAAAUUCAGGAAAUGCUCAUUAUGACUACCCUAAAGACUCUGACAUGAUGGAACUGUUCCAGUGCACGAAGACACAGACCAACAGGUACAAGAUGUCACUACUAAAACCCUCCACCAAGGCACUGGCUCUGUCCUGCAAGGUGUCAGUGAGAACAGAUACUCGAGGUUUCCUCUCAUUACAGUAUCUUGUACGGAAUGAUGAUGGACAGAUUUGUUUUGUUGAAUAUUAUUGCUGUCCUGACGAAGAGGUUGAUGAAGAAUAGAAGAACAUGCAGGACAAUAUGUGGUCCUUGUUAAAACUGGGUUUUUUCUUUCUCCCUCUGUGUGUACAUGUGGAACUGGGAUGCUACAGAUUGAGUUGUUCAUUGUGAUGAUUUUCAGGACCAUAAUCUUUAAAGGUUCUGUGGUUUGUUGUACAUUGUAUAUUUGAUAUGGCUGUAACUAACUGUGUAAUAUUUUGUAAUGUAGUACUAUAUGAAUAAAUAAUUACAAUAAUUCAUUCAAA